UUAGCCAGGUCCGCCAGACUCGCUGAGACUCGCCCGGCAUUCUGACCUGAUAAGUCACCAGUGUCGGAUCGUGAGAAAGUGGAGAAGGAUCCUCGCGCUCCUCGCAUCCCGCAGGACAUUUAAAUCGUACGUAGGCCAGGCGGACGGAAGUACCGGCGGCUCGAAGUUCGGCGCUCCGAGAGAGGAAAACCGUUUCGUUCCUCGCGUUGGUCUACGAGAAGGAGGAAGGAAAAAAAAAAGAGAAUCACCGUUCUCCCGCGCCGAUCGAAGUGCCUGCCCUCCUCUCUCUCUCUCUCUCUCUUUCUCCCUCCCUCUUUUCUCAUGACUCCCUCGGGAAACGGAACGUACUAGUCGCCAGUCGGACUUGGACAAGCACGAAUCGCGCGACGAUCAAGUGGCACCGGCCGGGAAACGCGCACACGCACUACGCUUAUUUAAUUAGGAUCUCCCCCCCCGGGCAACUCGCGAACGUAUUAUUUAUUACGCUUUUCUGUGCGCUUGAUUCGCGGAAUAACACGUGUGGGGAAGCCAAGCAUCGAAGAAGAGGAACGCUUCUUCGUCGACCAAGAGAGAGAGAGAGAAAGAGGGAACAAAAAGUUUCUUCCCGGAAAGGCGAAGAAAAUGUACAUAGGUACGUGAGAAACUGACCGAGACGGACGAACACGCCUCCUCUCUCUCUCUCCCUUUCGCUCGCUCGCUCGCAUCAUCGUCGCAAUUGCGACUUUGGCCCGAGCGCACACACACAUACGCACACACAGACACAUACCACGCGUGUACGUGCGUAGUCGUCAUCGUCGUUUCGCGACUCGUCGCGAGGUGAGUGAUCAGCCGUCCCUGCCUCGUUCGCUGUGAAAAAGGUGUUGAGUGUCCCCACUCCCUCUCUCUCUCUCUCUCUCUCUCACUCUCUCUCACUUUCUCUCCCUCUCCCUCUCUCCUCUCUCUUUCAUCCAUCAAUCUCGAGACCUUUCGCGGGAGCACGUGGACGGAAUACGUCCGGUACGUGUCCUCGGGGGACCUACGGUGGGAAGAAACCGAGAGAGAAGCCAGCUCGCGCGCGAUCCUCGCCGUCAUGGAUCUUCUGUGCUGCGAGACGACGGAGACCGAGUUGCGGGCGUACGCCGACCCGGCCCUCCUGGGCGACGACCGGGUCCUGCAGAAUCUCCUGCAGACCGAGGAACGCUACGCCCCGAGCCGGUCGUAUUUCGAGUGCGUGCAGAGGGACAUCUCGCCGCUCAUGCGCAAGAUCGUCGCCGAGUGGAUGUUGGAGGUAUGCGAGGAACAAAAGUGCCAGGACGUGGUCUUUCCCCUGUCGAUGAACUACGUCGACAGGUUCCUCUCGAUCUGCCCGAUCAGGAAGUCGCAGCUACAGCUGCUCGGCACUGCCUGUCUGCUGCUGGCGUCCAAGUUGCGCGAGACGUCGCCGCUCACGGCCGAGGUCCUGGUGUUCUAUACCGACAACUCCAUCACCCUCGACGAUCUAUGGAGGUGGGAGCAGCUGGUCGUCUCCAAGCUGAAGUGGGAGCUGUCCGCGGUGACGCCGGGUGACUUCAUAAUGCACAUCCUCAGCAGACUGUCGAUGCCGCGCACCUGCGAUAUCAUGAUGGUCCGGAGGCACGCGCAGACCUUCAUCGCUCUCAGCGCCAGAGAGUACAAGUUCUCCAUGUACACGCCGAGCAUGAUCGCAGCUGCGAGCGUAGCGGCGGCGUUACACGGGCUGGAUUGGACCGGGAAGAGCGGCUACGGACUGGCCGGCCUCCUGGACGAGCUCACCCGCAUCACGGCCAUCGAACAGGAUUAUUUGCAAGGCUGCUUAGAGCAGAUCGAGGAGAUGAUCUCGCAGGCCGCGCACGUGGGCACCGAGGGUCCAGGAAACGGAAGCGGGCACCAAACAAUGAGUGCCGGAGUUCCGAGCGCGCCGCAGAGGCCGCUGGGGGACCAGAGCAACACGAGUCAGGAGAAAAUAUUGGAGCACGAGAAGGCAGGCACGCCGACCGACGUCAGGGAUGUACAUUUUUGAAAACCGCAGUAGGGGGACACUCCGUAGGGGCCGACACAUUGGUGAGUCUAACAGCCGAGGAGAAGUUACCUUCCAGCGAAGAGGAGGAU